AUGGCGGCGAGUCCGUCAGCCGCAGUGGCGGCGGAGGCAAUGGGGCGCUCCGCGCCGGCGCCGUCAGCCGCCUUCAAUCUUAACGCGCUCGCCGUGCCCGACGCUGCAGCGCUGCCGCUGCCAGGUGCGCUGCAGAUUGCCUCACGAGGUGGAUCCAACUUAAAUGGCAUCGCCUGCUCCACCUCGACCGCCCUUGCCGCCGCUAGAAGCGCCGAAACAGCCGGGGAGCCGGCUUCGAGCGCGCGUUUCCCCGGAUCUCUGCCCCCCGUGCGGUCCACCGCCGUCCCCUCGCUCCUUCCGCCCGUUUGGCCCGCCGCUGCCGUGCCGCGCGGUCAGCUUGGCGCGCUGCUCGCAUCGUCCCCCCCUGCCAUGGCCUUCCCCGCCACGACCAUGCAUGGCGCACCCAACGCCACGCCCAGUAGUGCGAGCUCGCCUCUGCUGCCACACGCGCCCGCUUCCACGGCCGCUCAUCGCGCCGUCGCCCCGCCAGCGCACCGGGUCGACCACACCGCGCUCGCACUUCCACCCGCACAACCCUCACCGCCUCUCGCCUCCCCCACUGCCCCACUCGCCUCAGUCACCCGUCAACCGCACACACACUCGCUCGCCGCUGCAGCUACCGCUGGUUGCUCCCCCGCGCCCUCGCACCCGCCGUUGCACGCCCUCGCCACUCCGCCCCCACCGCCUGCUCCCCCUCCGUCCGCCCUCUGCCGCGCUGGCCCAGCGCAGGCGAUUCUCAAUGCCGUGGGGGUGGCGCGCACGAGCGCGGCGGGCGAAAAGGGCGGCAGGGGGGUGCACGCGGCAAGGGGAGGGGCAGAACCAGUUGAAGGCGCGGAGGAGGGGUGCGAGGGAGAUGGGGUGGUGCAGGGUGGAGCGGCGCAUGGGAGGGCGAUUCCCUCGACAGCGAGGCGAGGAGACGAGGGUGUGGCAAUGGUGGCACACGGGGAUGGCCCAUGGCACCACGUACAAGCACCGGGAGAAGGCAAGGGCGAAGCAGGAGAAGGAAAGGUUGGAGAAGGGGAGGCGCAGGGGCGAGGAGGUGCGGGCAGCAGGCAGCCCAGUGCGCAGGUGCUCUCCCCCAGGGCGCGGCCUCGCCCUGCACUGCACACGUGCGCAGCGGCGCCCCACACGGCCCUGUAUGCAGCACUGCCCCGCACCACGGGUGCCACGCCCAGCAGCAGAGGUGGCACAGCAGUGGGGGAGGAGGCGCAGCGGGCAGUUGGUCGUACUGGCGAUGCGCUGUGCGUGGCAGCGCCACAGCCCCACGCGCCUGCACCUGCUGCCACUGCUGCCGCACUGGCUGUGCCUGUGCGGUGUGCAACAGCAGGUGUGGUGGUGGAUGGCGAGAAACGCCCCAGCGGUUGUGUGGGCGCAGGUGGUGCGGCGCUGCAGUGCACGGGACAGGCGGGUGCGGCAGGCACGAGGGCGAGCGAGCGCGUGUGGGUGCAGCAGUGGGGGCAGGCAGAGGGGCAUGUGGCGCCCCAGGUGCUGGGGGGAGGCGCACUCGUGAAGGUGGGCAGCGCAGGGGGCUUUGCCACGCGGUACCUCUCGCACCCUCUGCACGGCAGCAGCGCAGUGCAGGGAAGUCUGGCCGCACUGGAGCGCUACCCUGGGGGGGCUGCUGCCGGACAUGGGUUGGCGGAUCCAGGCGCUGCGUGGAGGGAAGGGGCGGAUGGCGGGUGGAGGGUUAGGGUCGAUAGGCAUGGUGGCAAGCGCAAGGAGAGAGAGGGAGUGGAGGUAGAGGGCGUGGGGUGGGGGGAAAGAGGGGCAGAAGGGGCAUGUCAUGAGGAAAGGGCGGGGAUGGUGGAGAGGUGCAGCGCAGGGAGGGAGAUGAUGUGUGCUGCAGGCGGUGGCAUUGCUCGCAUGCAGCAUCGCAGCAUGGCACACGCUGCUGCUGCUGCUGCUGAUCAUUCGCAGGAAGGCAUGGAGGGUGGGGGUGCUGGUGGCGGGCGUGGUGAGUGUGGUGGCACGCCAGGGUGCGGGACAUGUGAGGUGGAUCAGGGAGGGCAGGGGCAGGUGAGGGAGCAGCAUGAGGUGGUGCGAGGGCAAGGGGAGGUGGCAGCAGCUGAGGCAGCAGAGGAGGCAGCAGAGGAGAGCAUUCUGGUGCAGCUGUUGAAGAAGCAGCUGCUCUCACUGGCUGAAGCCAUUGCCACGCAUGAUGAUAUGCGGGCGCGCUUCCUGCUGCAGCACCUGUGGCAGGAGGUGGACCCCGUGGGCUCGCCCAUGCAGCGCACCGCCUUCUACUUCGUGCGUGCUCUCUCCGCCAGAGCCACCGCCACCGCACACCUGCUGCACACGCCCUCCAUGCCGCAGGUGGGUGCGUGCCGCAGGUGGGUGCGUGCCGCAGGUGGGUGCGUGCUGCAGGUGGGUGCGUGCCGCAGGUGGGUGCGUGCCGCAGGUGGGUGCGUGCCGCAGGUGGGUGCGUGCCGCAGGUGGGUGCGUGCUGCAGGUGGGUGCGUGCUGCAGGUGGGUGCGUGCUGCAGGUGGGUGCGUGCACGCACAGGGCGUCGUCUCUCACUCGUCCACAAGCAGCUUGCACUGGGAUCCCUCUCGUGCACACAUUGUCUCCUGUGCCAUGCGUCUCUCUCUUCCCGGACUGUCUUGUCCCUCUUCUCAUCGUCCACGCCCCUCCCUGCCGUGUCCCUCUUCUUGUCCCUGUGCAUGUUGUGCGGCGUGCAGGAGGUGGAUAACGCCCUGGCGUCUGUGCUCGCAGCCGCGCCCCUGCGCCACUUCCUCUCCUGCUCCGCCACCCAUGCCCUGCACCUCGCCCUCAUGCCCGCCCUCACACACCCCCAUGCGCACCCACACGCCUCCACUGCCCACCACGCUGCCCGUGCUGCUGCCGCUGACAGUGUGGGAACGGGAAUGGCAGUGAGUGAAGGACAGCGGCGUGUGGAGAGAGAAGGAACAGUGAAGGGGAUGGCGUUGCAGCAGGAGCAGGAGAGGCAGGGGAGCAGCACGGAGGAGGGCGAGGAGAGACCUGCGGAGCAGCAGGAAGCAGAGAGGUGUUGGGAGGAGGGAAGGGCGAAAACUGUUGGUGAGGAUGAGGAAGGUGAGGGAACAGAGAGGGAGGGGAGUAUUUUCAGGGAUGAAGGCAGUGCGAGGGGCCGUGGAGGAAGCAGCUUGUGUGGCACGGAGAAGCUGGGCGGUGGAGCAACUGAUCCGUGCGUGGCAUGUGUGCGUGACCCAGCAUCCCAUGCAAAUGAGAAGCACACGAGCGUGCACCCGCCGUCGCCACGUGCGUUGUGUGCCCCCCUGGCAGUGCACGUGGUGGACCUGGGCCAGCACCAUGCUGCGCACUGCCACGCCCUUCUCGCCGCGCUCACUGCAUGUGCGCCGCAGCACCGCCCCGUGUCACUGCGCCUCACUCUCGUGCACCUGCUCCAUGCCCACCCCGCCUCGCCCUGCACACCCCCCUUGCUGCCUUCACACCACGGCAGCAGCGCUGACACGGACUCACCUGCAUGUGCGGGCCUUGCUGCUGCUGCACCAGCUGCACCUGCCACGUCCUGUGCGGAACACGUUUACGCGCUUGCCUCCCGCGCUGCCGUACCACCUGCGGCUCACGACACUGAAGGCGUGGCCCCCAGCCUCGCUGGCACCGACUGUGCUGCAGUGGAUGCUGCAUGGGGGCCCGUGCCUGGUGGGGCUGCACAGCCCAUGCUGCCUGCACGCGCACCACCCAGUAACCCUGAUGCUGCUGCUCUGCCUGGUGCUGGCGACCAAGGCGCAGACGGUGCUGCAGUGCAUGCAAGCAGAUUGCCACCUGGCACGCAUGGGCUUGGCAUGGCAGCAGGUCACAGUGAGGCGGGCAGGUUGGAUGACUGCAGCAGUGCACAGGGACAGCACACGGAUACUCAUUCCCUACAGCCCUCACCACCACUUCAAGGCUCACCUCCCACGCCACGUAGCACUGCCCCUGCUGCUGCCACUGCAGCUGCAGCACCACAGUGCUGCGUGCUGCCUGCACCUGCUUAUGCUGCUCCUACUCCUGCGCUCCAUCCACCUUCCUCUGUGCACCUGCCACACACACCUGCACCCUCCCCCGCACUCUCUCACCCCACUCAGGCUGCAUCGCUGCUGGUGCAGCAGGUGCAGGAGGUGGCACGUGGGUUAGGCAUGCAUGUGAGCGUGCGUGCAGUGCAGGUGGGCAUGCAGGGGGUGACACGCGAGGCGCUGGGCGUGCAGGAGGGGGAGGUGCUGCUGGUGCGAGCCGCCCUGCUGCUGCAGCAGCUGUGCGAUGCCUCUGUCAUCCGAGCCAACCCCCGCGACUCGCUGCUUCAGGCCAUCCACGCGCUACGGCCACUACUGGUGACAGUGACGGAGCAGGAGGUGGGGCUCAACUCGCCCUUCUUCCUCAGCCGCUUCCGAGAGGCCCUGGAGCACUACUCAGCAUGGUUUGACUGCCUGCACGCGCCCACCUGCCCGGCGUCACAGGCACAGCGCGGGGUGCUGGAGGCGCAGGUGCUGGGGGCGGGCAUCAGCAACAUUGUGGCCAGCGAGGGCAUCCAUCGCCGCAUGCGCCCCGAGCACCUGCACGCCUGGCACACGCGUGCCAUGCGCCUGGGCUUUGAUGUGGUGCCCAUCAGUGGGGAUGUUCUCAAACCCAUGGCAACUGCCAUGGACACCAGCAGCGAGGGCCUUGAAGUCCAAAUGAGGCAAGGCGCAGCGGUGCUCGUGUGGAAGGGCUGUCCCUUGCUCUCAACGUUUGUCUUAAAGCCAAGUGAGGGAGCAACUGCAUCUUCUACCGGUACAUGA